AUGUCUUGGCUACCGCUGCUCUCUACAUUUCUAUCAUGCGCUCUUUUAGUAUCAGGACAGGAACCGGCGCUUUCAUAUACAGACGACGCCGGAGGGGAAAUUCGAACGUUAUCUUUAGUGGAGAUCGCGCAAUUGCGUCCGUAUACCCACUACGCCUCCGCGGCCUAUUGCCAUCCAGACGAGGUCAUAGACUGGUCAUGCGAGGCUAAUUGCAAAGCCAACGCGCACUUUCAGCCGUUCGUGUCGGGCGGUGAUGGUGGAGCAAUGCAGUACUGGUACGCUGGAUACGACGCACUCCUUGAUACGGUCGUUUUAGCACACCAGGGGACGGAUAUCGGAUAUUUGGUCGCGGCGUGGACCGACGCUUGCCUUUUUCUCCAGCCCAUUGACCGCCACCUCUUCCCGUCAGCUCCGCGCGACGCUCAAGUACAUACGGGCUUUGCGACCGCACAUUCUCGCUCUGCACCAUACGUCUCGGCUGCAAUUCAAACUGUGCUAGACUUCCACGACGCCUCCUCCGUCACGGUCGUCGGCCACAGCCUGGGUGCGGCGCUCGCGCUUCUGGAUGGCGCGUAUCUUUCUCUACACUUGCCGCCUGAGAUGCCCGUGACCGUAAUAGGAUACGGUAUGCCGCGCGUUGGGAACGCGGCCUGGGCCGAUUUCGUUGACGGCCUCGCGCCUCGCUUACGGGUCGUACGCGUAAAUAACGGUCACGAUCCUGUUCCCAUUGUACCUGGACAAUUCCUUGGCUAUCGGCACCCGUCGGGCGAGUUACACAUCAAUACACCUGGGGAGUGGACUGCCUGUCCCGGACAGGAUAACCCUUCCGUCAAUUGUUCAGUGGGCGCAGUGCCGGACGUUCUAUCUGCCGACCUGCACGCGCAUAGUGGGCCAUACGACGGCGUUUGGAUGGGGUGUGAACUCGACCCUGUCCUCUAUCCGGGGCAGGUAGCCUGA